AUGGCGGACAGAUUUGGAAUAGCAAAGAGCAGCUUCCAUAUUAGUAUUAGAAGAGUUUCGUCGGGACUCCUUGAGAUAAUGCAAGAAGUGAUAACAUGGCCAGAAACCCCAGCCAAAAUGAAUGAAACUUGCCAGCAGUUUGGGGAGAAGUCUGAAUUCCAAAAUAUCUUAGGUGCUAUUGAUGGAAGUCAUAUACCAAUCAAGGCUCCAGUGCAACAACCUCAGGCUUACUUUAACAGAAAAAAGUUUUAUUCCAUAGUUCUUUUAGCAUGCUGUAACUCAAAAAUGGAAUUCACCUAUGUUUGGACUGGGAACCCAGGCAGCACACAUGAUGCUACCGUGUUAAGAUUUUCAGAUUUAUUUCAAAAUAGUAACAAAAUUCCUAAUGGUUAUUGCAUCUUAGGAGACUCUGCUUUUCCUAUAAUGGAGUGGCUAAUAACGCCCUUCCGAGACUGUGGAAACCUGACCCAACAGCAACGACGCUUUAAUUAUGUCCAUAGCAAAUGCAGACAGGUAAUUGAACGAGCAUUUGGAAUGUUAAAAUGCAGAUUUCGAAGGCUUUUGCGCUUUGAUUCAUGCAAUAUGCACAUGCUUGUGAAUUCUGUGCUUGCUGCAUGUGUUUUGCACAAUUUAUGCAUGUUAAAAAGUGAUGUUUUUGAAGUUCCCGAGGUCAAUGAUGCUGAAAUUUGUGAUGAUGCUUUGUUUGCUAGAGAUGGACAGCAAAUUCGGGGUAUACAGCUGAGACAGCAAAUGAUGAACCAGCUGUGA